AUGAGGAAAGGUUUGUGCAAGUCCAUUCAUCCCAUCAUGAGGAAAGGUUUGUGCAAGUCCAUUCAUCCCAUCAUGAGGAAAGAUUCUAUCAUAAAUAUAUCAAAAAUAACUUCAACAGUGUAUUUCAUCUUUUGCCCGGAUUCAGAUGAUACCAAGGACUGUGGCAACCUCUUUCUACUGUCCAUAACCGCUGACCGUUUGGCUGGCGGUCCUUUCCAGACAUAUCUGAAGUCGAAGAACGACAAACUGAGCUUGGCACAUCUUCAGUUUUGGGAGGACGUGCAAACAUACAUAGCUAUAGCCAACUCUAGUGCUGUCGAUUUGAAGUAUCGUCUUGGUAGAAAUAUUCUGGUUACAUAUCUCCAACAUGGUAGCAUCCGGGAAAUACGGGUGGACUGCAAUGUGCGUGAACGCCUUUGUCGUCUUCUGCAGCGUUGUCAUGCUGACGUCAUGUUAUCGAGAAUUGCUAAUAAAACAAUCGAGGUGCUGUACGAUCCUUGGCAGGCAUUCGUUCAAGCCGAUAAAGACGAUUUGAAAAACACACUGUUAUCAUGCGGGAGAAGAGGAACUGUCGCUUUGGAGGAAGCACUGGAAAACAAUGAAAACAACGAAUCAUUUCGUGUUCUCAGAGCUUUGGACCUUGCACUGUGUCUUGGAAUGGGAGAUUCUCAACAAGUUGCCGUCGAGGAAGAAGAUGUUCUCUUGUCCGAGAGCGACGAAGAGGAAUUCGAAAACGAGGGAAGUUUACGAAAGAGAAGACUUACUAUAGUAAACGAAGAGGCGGCCGAAGCUCUUGUGGCAUUCUUCUCGGACAUUUUGUCGGACUCGACGCAGUUAUUGUGGCUGAAACGUUUCCUCAGCGAUCACGGUGUGUUAAUGCCAUUGAAGUUUUGGCAGGACGUUGAACGAAUGAAAACUCAGAGUAAGGACAGUCGAGCCAGGCAGGCAAAAGCACGAGCGAUAGUGAAACAGUACUUCGCAAACAUCGAAGAUCCAUGUAGAAGUCUUCAUUGUCAGGCGGAUAUCAUCAGAGACAUACCGCUCAUCGAUCACGUGACACCAGCGAUGUUAGUGUCUGCGCAGGCGUGUGUCAUUCGUAGCCUGGAGGAACAAUGGUUUUAUCGAUAUCUUGCUACAUUCCCUGAAGACGCAAAAGAGGAAGAUUUGGAGAAGUACGCUGCUCGUAACACUCUCAUGGGAAUCACUAAGAUUGCAUCAUGGGGAAAGACGCGUGGACUGUGGGCUGUGUUUGGUCAAAGUAUGAUGGCUUUCAUUCGCGGCGUUACUAAACACGAAAGCCGCGAGUGUUUCAUAAGGUUUCUUGUGAGCGAAUCUAAAAUUUCCCCCGAAGGUCGAAAGCAUAUAAAUCAAAACUAUAAGAGAAUCAUAAAUAAUCGCGUCAUUUCUGCUGACCAUUUGGCAAGCGAUUUGAGGUUUUGGUUGGAAGUUCAGCGCUUCAAGGAAAUGGUCGACGGUGCGUCCCUUUGUGCUCUGGCCGGCAACUACUCUCUUGACGAUGAAAAACUGAUUCGUUCAAAAGCAAAGACGAUCAUCUGUUGUUUUCUUGAUUCUGCAUUGCCGCCAAGAUUACAGAUCAAUAUCCCGUAUGAAAUGAGCGAUAGAAUAUGUCACGAGUUCAACUCUGGCAUUUCCGACCGUGGCUUGUUUCACGACGCUGAAAUUUACGUGUUUUGUACCCUCAUCAAUUACUGGAAGAAAUUUUUAGCCAGCGACAUGAAAUUUGACGAUGGUGCUGGCAAAGAAGAGAGAAAAGGACGCAGGAAACAUAAACAUAAAAACGACAAAGAAACGUUGUAUAUAGAAGGCAUUCCUUACAGACGAAUUGCAAUCCUUCCAGACGAAGAUUCAAGGCUGAGCUUUUCUCUUAUGACAGGUUUGCGAAUCAUAUCGUAA